UAACAUAAUUUCUUUCUGAUUCCCGGAUUCCGAAACCCAUCGUCCCCCUACUCCUGAUUAACACGUCCGGCAGAUCCGACUCGUCGCCGGAGAAUCGGUGACCGGCUGAUACUUCACCGCAGAAUUCAACUAAGGGUUUUUGGAUAGUUUCGAUUAUCGCCUUGCAAUCCUUCGAGCUCCUCACUGGAACUCCCCCCAUCGAUGAUCCUGUCUGUCUUGUGUGACUUCACAAGAAGGAAAAUGAAGAUGGUGGCGGCAUUAGUGGUGGCUUUGUUGGUUGCCUCUCAGCUUCCAUUAGGCCUCACAUUUCCUUCUACAGCCCCUGCAUUUCUAUGGUCACCUCACCAAGAUGGAUAUAGUAGUAGAGAUGUAGAAGCUGUAGAUUACAGAACCCUCAUCGCAAAGGAUUUGGCCAAAUCUGUGAUGUCUGAAGGUGGCUGGUCAAGUUUACUGUGCUCAGGAAAAGAAACUCCACAACCUUUGGAUUUUGCUCUUCUUUUUGUUGGAAAAGAGUUACAAUCCGUGGAUAUUUCUAUGACCAAGAAAGCAGACCCUAUGCUUGUGGACUUGCUCAAGGUCUCUUUUGGGAACUCCAACUUUUCCAUGGCCUUCCCAUAUGUUGCUGCAACAGAGGAGAACAAAGCUCUGGAAAGCUCUUUGAUUUCAGAGUUCGAAGGUACUUGUGGCAGUGGUUUAGGAAUGCAUGAUAUUGCUGUCCUCAAUACGUGCUCUUUGGAGGGUGAAAGGUUUGAGAAACUUGCUGAUAUUCCUGCUGUUCGGGAUUACCUGGCUUUCAAGAUGGAAAAGAGAACCAUGGGACAGGCGAAUCUGAUCGUGGUUUGCCAGGGUGGAUCCCAGACUGAUCUAGAGUCUGAACAUCCACUUUCUGAGGCUCAACUUUUAUCUCAGCUCAUCAGCUCUGUGGAGCAUUUAAAUGCUAAGUAUACAGUUCUCUAUGUAUCCGAUCCUAAUGGCUCCAUCGAGAAUCGUUCCCACCAGGAUCUGAGAAGAUUUCUAGCUGAAGGCAAAGGAUCAACCAACUCAACAUGUGAUGGAGUUUGUCAAAUAAAGUCAUCACUUUUGGAGGGCCUCUUAGUGGCAAUAGUUUUGCUCAUAAUUCUGAUAUCAGGCCUUUGCUGCAUGGCUGGAAUUGAUACCCCGACAAGAUUCGAGACUCCACAAGACUCUUAAUUGGGAGGCCUUUUGCUGUAUAAUUUUCCCAUUUGUUUGUGGUGACAUCGGUAAUUGGCAAGAUGGAUGUAUUUAUUAUAGCAAUAGAACUUUCCUACAUUUGUAUGCUAGGACGGCCUUGUAAUUUUUGAUUACUUUGCUUAAACGGAAGGUGAUACCACUUUACUAGUAUUUGUUAGUGGAAUUUGACGUUCAAUAAUACAAGGUGUCUUCAUUUCGCUCUA